AAUUCAAUUUUCAGCAAAAUGAUCAAAAUCAUUGUCUUGUUAAGCGCUCUGGCUUGCGUUUAUUGCGAAGUUACCUGUCCACCGGUAGAUCCAACAUUGCCUAUAUACUUGCCUGAUGAAUCAUACUGCGGGACAUUUUACGAAUGCGCAGACGGAAGGGCUUGGAAGUUUGAGUGUGCCCCCGGUACUUACUUUGAUACUGAAAAAAAUGUGUGUAACUAUGAUGUAGAUUGCGGAAACCGAAGAAUGUCUACAUUCGUGCCUACAUCACCUCAACCGCCUACAACUCCUGAAUAGCCUU